CUGAGUGCGAACACCGCCCACAUGGCGACAACGACUCUGAAGGUUGGCGGUAUGACGUGCGGUGCUUGUACAUCGGCUGUCGAGAGCGGACUCAAAGGCGUGGACGGCGUCGGUAACGUCUCCGUCAGUUUGAUUAUGGAAAGGGCAGUGGUUAUGCACGACGCAGGCCGGAUAUCUGCCGAACAAAUCCAAGAAAUUAUAGAGGACCGAGGCUUCGACGCAGACGUUCUUUCUACAGACAUAAUAUCACCGAGAGUGGACAAGAUGGACGGCGCAUUUGCAGAAGCAGCACAGGCCGGGCCGAGGAUUCUCAGCACGGUCGUCGCGAUCGAGGGCAUGACAUGCGGCGCAUGCACAUCAGCUGUCCAAGGUGCCUUCAAGGACGUGGCGGGCGUCAAGAACUUCAGCAUAUCGUUAUUAUCCGAGAGAGCCGUCAUCGAUCACGACCCCUCUGUCCUGUCUGCCGAGCAGAUCGCCGAGAUGAUCGAGGACCGGGGAUUCGGCGCAACCGUCAUCGAGAGCUCGGAGGCACAAGACGAGAAGAAGGGUGCCUCAGGAGCAUCGGCAGGCAAGGCUCUCCAGAUGAUCACCACGGUUGGCAUCGAGGGCAUGACAUGCGGCGCAUGCACGUCAGCCGUGGAAUCCGGUUUCAGCGAUGUCGAAGGGAUGCUCAAAUUCAACAUCAGCCUACUGGCUGAGAGGGCAAUGAUCACACACGACCCGGCCAAGCUGUCUUCUGAGCAGAUCGUCGAGAUCAUCGAGGACCGCGGCUUCGGCGCUAACAUCAUCUCAACGCAAUCGGAGACAGCCGACACAUCACAGACCUCGGCCACGGCACAAUUCAAGGUCUACGGCGUCCCAAAUGCCAGCGCGGCUACGGCGCUGGAAGAGAACAUACAGACCCUCACUGGCGUGACCUCGGUGAAACUGAGCCUUGCUACGUCCAGGUUGACUGUCACACAUCUACCUGGUGUGACUGGCCUCCGAGCUAUUGUUGAGAAGGUGGAGGAGGCCGGCUACAACGCGCUUGUCGCAGACAACGACGACAAUAACGCACAGCUGGAGUCUCUCGCGAAGACACGUGAAAUUAAUGAGUGGCGGAGGGCCUUCAAGACGUCAUUGGGCUUCGCCAUCCCGGUCUUCAUGAUUGGUAUGGUCAUACCGAUGUGCAUCCCAGCUCUGGACUUUGGAUCGUGGCAGAUCCUGCCUGGCCUCUUCCUGGGCGACAUUCUCUGUCUCAUCUUGACGAUGCCUGUUCAGUUCGGUAUUGGAAAGCGUUUUUACAUCUCCGCUUACAAGUCCGUCAAGCACGGAUCGCCGACCAUGGACGUCCUUGUCGUACUGGGCACUUCGUGUGCCUUCUUCUUCAGCUGCGUCGCCAUGUUGGUCUCGUUCUUCUUUCCCCCGCACACCCGGCCAAGCACAAUCUUCGACACCAGCACUAUGCUGAUCACGUUCAUCACUUUCGGUCGUUUCCUGGAGAACCGUGCCAAGGGUCAGACCUCCAAGGCUCUGUCCCGUCUCAUGUCACUGGCCCCCUCCAUGGCCACCAUCUACGCUGAUCCAAUCGCUGCCGAGAAGGCUGCGGAGAAGUGGGACAGCGUCACUGGCAGCGGUGAACCCAAGACACCCACAGCAGACGGGAAUGCUGCUGAGGAGAAGAUCAUUCCCACAGAACUCAUCCAGGUCGGAGAUAUUGUUAUUCUCCGCCCCGGUGACAAGAUUCCUGCCGACGGUGUUCUGGUCAGGGGCGAGACCUAUGUUGACGAGAGCAUGGUGACUGGUGAGGCCAUGCCCGUGCAGAAGCGCAAAGGCUCGAACCUGAUUGGUGGUACUGUCAAUGGCCACGGCCGUGUCGACUUCAGGGUCACGCGGGCUGGCCGCGAUACACAGCUCAGCCAGAUUGUCAAACUCGUCCAGGAUGCCCAGACCACACGGGCUCCUAUUCAGAGACUGGCGGACACCCUGGCUGGUUAUUUUGUGCCGACGAUCUUGGUUCUGGGAUUCCUCACCUUCGUGGUUUGGAUGGUUCUCAGCCACGUGCUCUCCAACCCGCCGAAAAUCUUUCAGGAAGACUCCAGCGGCGGCAAGAUCUUUGUGUGCGUCAAGCUGUGCAUCUCGGUCAUCGUGUUUGCCUGUCCUUGUGCUCUUGGCCUCGCCACACCCACUGCUGUUAUGGUCGGCACUGGAGUUGGCGCUGAGAACGGGAUUCUGGUCAAGGGCGGUGCAGCGCUCGAGACUACUACCAAGGUCACUCAGGUCGUUCUCGACAAGACUGGCACUAUCACCUACGGCAGGAUGACCGUGGCAAGCAUGAACAUUGUCUCGAUCUGGCAGGACAAUGAGUGGCGCCGUCGGCUGUGGUGGACUGUUGUCGGUCUUGCUGAGAUGGGCAGCGAGCAUCCAGUUGGCAAGGCCGUGCUCAAUGCCGCCAAGAACGAGCUCGGGAUCGACUCGGAGGGCACUAUUGAGGGCAGCGUUGGCGACUUCACAGCUGCUGUGGGACGUGGUAUUUCGGCAGCCGUCGAGCCAGCCACCAGCGCCGAGCGCACCCGAUACACCAUCCUGGUCGGCAACGUCAAGUACCUCCGCGAGAAUAACGUGGAAGUUUCCCAGGAGGCUAUCGACUCCUCCGAGGCGAUCAACAAGAACGCCUCGUCUGGCAAAGCUCGCGAUUCGGCUGGGACCACGAACAUCUUCAUCGCCAUUGACGGAAAAUACGCAGGUCACCUGUGCCUGUCAGACGUGAUCAAGGAAGGUGCAGCAGCCGCGAUCUCGGUCCUCCAGCACCGCAUGGGCGUCAAGGUUGCCAUGGUCACCGGCGACCAGCCUUCCACCGCGCACGCCGUCGCCGCCGCCGUUGGCAUCCCUGAGGAUUGUGUGCACGCCGGUGUCUCGCCAGACCAGAAACAGAUCAUCGUCCGUCAGAUGCGCGAGCAGGGCGAGGUGGUGGCCAUGGUAGGCGACGGCAUCAACGACUCACCGGCUCUGGCAACCGCAGACGUCGGUAUCGCCAUGUCCUCGGGCACAGAUGUGGCCAUGGAGGCGGCAGACGUUGUGCUCAUGCGGCCCAACGAGCUGAUGGACAUCCCCGCGGCGCUGCACCUCUCCAAGAGCAUCUUCAACCGUAUCAAGGCGAACCUGGCUUGGGCGUGUCUGUACAACAUCGUUGGCCUACCCUUUGCGAUGGGCAUCUUCCUGCCGUUCGGACUGCAUCUGCACCCCAUGGCGGCCGGUGCGGCCAUGGCUGUUAGCUCGGUGUCGGUGGUUGUGAGCUCCCUGCUUCUCAAGUUCUGGAGGCGGCCUAGGUGGAUGGACGAGGCGGCUGGCAAGGAGGCGAUGGAAAGGAGACUGCGCAGGCCUGGCCUGGUGGACACGGUCAAGGGUGGAGUGAUUGAGGUGGCCGACCGGUUCCGGGGCGCGAUAGGCAGAGGCAGGAAGGAGGAGGCUGGGUAUGUGCCGUUGGCAAACCUAGAUGGAGAUGAUAGGGUUUAAUGCAGAAGAGGAGGAUGAUGAUGAUGAAGAGGACCAAGAAGCGGGGAUCCGAGAAGGGGGUCUCUUCUUUGUUUUGGCAUAGCAAUGGAGUAUAGAUGCUUGAAUG